AUCCGCUUCCUGGGCCUCAGCUACAAGUACAUGGUGCCAUUUCUGCUCAAUCAAGGUGGAUCUCUCCUCUUCUACCUCACCUUGGCAUCUGCAGAUCUGUCCCUGGCAGUGCCGCUCUGUAACUCCCUGGCUUUGAUAGUCACGCUGGUGACUGGGAGGAUUCUGGGAGAGGACAUCGGUGGUAAAAGGGCUGUGGCAGGAGUCACUGUCCUAGGAGUCACGCUCUGUGUAGCUGGUUCGUGA